AUGUUCGUCCUUUCUCGACCGGUUGGUCGGUCGGUCUGUCAUGUUGUUCAGGUGGACACGGAAAACAUCGGCAUUCUGGUGGAGAGCGAGUCCACGUGCACGAAGGAGGCGCUGGACAACGUGGUAAAGGAGGUGUCCCGGAUGGAGAGGGAGGAGCUUCACGAACGGGAGAGGGAGGGGGAGGGGAGGUCUGCGGCGUGGCCGAGACAAAAGUAUCACUUCACCCUCAUAAGCAACGAGUACCACUUGUCAAGAAUCAUCACGGUGCACCAGAUCAGCGAGACCGUAAGCCUGCUGGCCCCGCUCAAGCUGCUGGAAGCCUCGUGGGGCUACGAACAAGUGCCGUACCCGUACGCCUGCUCCAACGACGAUGCCAAGGAGUUCCAGGCCGACGUUUACAAGACGUUGGAGGACCUCGUGCCCCUCCAGGUCAACGUUCAGGCGGUGGCCAACAGAGAGGAGUUCUUUCAGGAAGAGAACUACACGUCGCUCGUCCACGUUCGGGAGAGACUCAAGGAAUUUAUCCGGAAGAUGAACUCCUCCAGACGCCCUCGGGCGAAAGCCGCCAACCUCGCAGACGUGCGAAAAGGGGCGGAUAGGGGAAGGCGAGGAGGAGGAGGAGGAGGAGGAGGAAAGUCCGAUACCCUCAGAGAGCGCAACGAAUGUGCCAACAACGAAAAGACUCUCCGCAAAGCUCUGGUGUGGGCCGCGGGGGCUCUCGCCAAGAUUCAGGAAAUCAUCGAGCCAGCCGCCACUCGAAGAAACAGCGUGUCGCUGAGAGGGUGGGCGAUGUGCGCUGCUCUUCUCGAGCGGGCCAUCCUUCAAGUACAGAUGUCGGCCGAUCCCGACCGUCCCCUGACCCCGGCGGAGUGGGGACGCCUUGAGGACGAAAAACCUCCAACUCCGCCGGUCGAGGUGGACGAAAAAGACCUGAUCGGACGCCGCGCGAGAGAUAACGUGCGCGCCUUCCUGCGGGAGGACGCCGACCGGGAGCCACGCAGGGAGGCGUACAGCUACGAGGCUGCGCUGAAGGAAGAGGAGGAUGAGGAGGCGAGGGAAAGAAUGCGGCGAGAGCGGCAGGGGGGGGCGGAGGAGGGGAUGCGUUGGGCGGGAGAGGACACGAGGAAGGAUUUGUCCCUCCAGGAUGACGACGACGACGAUUCCCCGAUGUGGAGUGGGCGACUCAACCCGAAGGCCAACCCAGAGGAGCGGCUCGAAGAGGAAGGCGGCAGGGAGGCGGAGGAGGAGAGGGGCGACCUCGGUGACGACGGCCCGCUGGCGAAAACAGGCUCGGAUCUCGGUUCUCAGGCGACAGGAGGAAAGCUUGAGGGUAAAGGUCGGCGGGACUCCGAGCAUGGCACUAGGAAAGGAGCGAUAGCAGCAGCAGCAGCAGCAAACGACGAGGGCAACAUUGGCGGCAGCGGUGAAGUCGGUGCCGCCUCCGUCGAUGCGAACGGCGAGGCCAAGGUCACUCAAGGGCUGCAGCAGCAGCAGCAGCAGCAGCAGCAGCAGCAGCAGCAGCAGCAGCAGCAGCAAGAAGUAGCAGCCGACUCGGGGGAUGAUGUCGGUUCGGCGAAACCGCCGCCACGGCGACCACCAUCACGACGACGACGGGGCAAGGUGUCGCCGCCGCCACCGCUGUUGGGAGAGGAAACGCUGCAGCAGCCGGAGGCUGCAAGAAAAGGCACAAGCUUACCGCCGGGGCGAUCGAGCUCGGAGGACGAUGCCCCGAAGGCGAGCGUGCCUGCAGGAGCUAAGCGCGAAGCCGGCAAGCGCGGCGGAGGUGGCCGCGUCGCGGCGAAUGGCGGCAAGGCGCGGGUCGCAAGGGUCGAAGCGAAAACAAAGGAGACGACGAAAGAAGCACUAACAUCAUCAUCAGUCCCAGGCUCACUACCGCCGGCGGGGGUUGCGGCGGCGCCAACGCCGCCGAAGCGAAGGCGGGGACGCCCAAGGAAAACGACCGUUGUUCCGACGCAGACGGAAUGAAAAACCACGGGCGGGGUGCUGCUGCUACAGCCAACACCGCUGUUAUGUUUCUGCCUACGAUACGAUACACAGCCGUCAAGGUUCUUUCUUAGGAGUUGGUUGUUGACGAUUGGUUGGUGUGAACGUGCAGGGUGUAAUUGUAGUCCAAGAGGGUGGGAAGAAGCGCUUACUACAGUAUCAUGUAAGCAAACGGCGCCGCCAUUAUAAGCAAACGACGCCAUUUUCUGAAAUGCCGGUGUUGAGCUUGUUGGCGCCCAUCAGGACAUACUUCCGCACGAGUGGUGUCAAGUUUUCCCGAGAGUUUGAGCGCUUUUUUCGUGUUGUCUGCACAGCUAGCUGUAGGAACCCCGUGGCCUGUUUCCUUCAGAUACUGCCGCCGUGUUAGUGACACAGAGAAGGGGGGGGUGUACUCAU